UUCUUUCACGGUGUUCAGUGCGACGUUUCAGUAAAGUUCUAAGAUGGCGACGGUGCAUCUGAGAAUCGGGGACCUAGUUUGGGGAAAACUCGGGCGCUAUCCUCCGUGGCCAGGCAAGGUCGUCAGUCCUCCAAAGGACCUGAAAAAGCCAAGAGGGAAAAAAUGUCAUUUUGUCAAAUUCUUUGGAACUGAAGACCAUGCCUGGAUAAAGGUGGAGCAGCUGAAGCCAUACCACCCCCACAAAGAGGAGAUGAUCAAGAUCAACAAGGGCAAACGUUUCCAACAGGCUGUGGAUGCAGUGGAAGACUUCCUGAAGAAGAAAGAGAAACAGGGGGGGAAAGAACAGAGCUCUGAGGGGAAAGGAGACUCUAAAGGGAAGAAGACACCAACUAAACCUCUGAAGAUCCUAGAGGAAGAUGAUGAAGACCUCAGUGCCCUGAAAGACCCCUCUGAGAAGGACCUAACUGACUCAGAGCCGUCCAGUGUUGAGCGACUAGGGGGCCUGGGAACUACUGGACCUGUCUCGGGAUUCAAAUGGGAGAGCAGUCCAGUACAGGAUGAUCCCCAUUUCCACCACUUUCUGCUCAGCCAGACUGAGAAGCCUGCCUCAUCUAUGGAGCCUAUCAGUAAACGCCUGAAGAUUGUUGAGGAGGACACGAGGUCAACGUCUAUCCAAGCUGCAGACAGCACCGCCAUCAACGGCAGUAUUACUCCCACAGACAAACGGAUAGGGUUCCUAGGGCUGGGGCUUAUGGGUAGCGGAAUAGUGUCCAACCUGUUGAAGAUGGGUCACAUUGUCACAGUGUGGAAUCGUACAGUAGAAAAGGUACCGCAAGACAACCAACACUGUGACCUGUUCAUCCAGGAAGGGGCCAGGUUAGGGCGGACCCCAGCAGAGGUGGUCUCUAUGUGUGACAUCACCUUCUCCUGCGUCUCAGACCCCAAGGCUGCCAGGGAUUUGGUGCUGGGUCCCAGUGGAGUGCUCCAGGGCAUCAGGCCAGGGAAAUGUUACGUAGAGAUGUCUACCGUGGACCCAGAGACCAUCACAGAGCUCUCGCAGGUGAUAUCGUCGCGGGGCGGCCGCUUCCUGGAGGCUCCUGUGGCUGGGAGCCAGCAGGUGUCUAACGAGGGCAUGCUGGUCAUCCUAGCGGCCGGAGACAGGACGGUCUACGAAGACUGCAGCUCCUGUUUCCAGGCCAUGGGCAAGACCUCAUUCUUCCUAGGUGAGGUGGGUAACGCAGCGAGGAUGAUGCUGAUCCUCAACAUGGUACAGGGAAGCUUCAUGGCAACCAUCGCCGAGGGGCUGACCCUAGCCCAGGCCACAGGCCAAUCACAGCAUACCUUCCUGGACAUCCUGUCUCAGGGUCAGAUGGCCAGCACCUUCGUGGACCAAAAAUGCCAGAAUAUCCUACAGGGCAACUUCAAACCAGACUACUAUUUGAAACACAUUCAGAAGGAUCUGAGGCUAGCCAUCUCCAUGGGCGACACAGCCAAUCACCCGACCCCUAUGGCUGCAGCAGCCAAUGAGGUCUACAAGAGGGCUAAAGCACUGGACCAGUCAGACAACGACAUGUCAGCUGUCUACAGAGCCUACAUUCACUAAACCUCCUGAAGAGUCUCUCCCCGACCUGUCCUCUCCCCGACCUGUCCUUUCCCCGACCUGUCCUUUCCCUGUCCUUUCCCCGACCUGUCCUCUCCCCGACCGGUCCUCUCCCCGACCGGUCCUUUCCCCGACCCGUCCUCUCCCCGACCCGUCCUUUCCCCGACCCGUCCUUUCCCCGACCCGUCCUUUCCCCGACCCGUCCUUUCCCCGACCCGUCCUUUCCCCGACCCGUCCUCUCCCCGACCCGUCCUCUCCCCGACCCGUCCUCUCCCCGACCUCUCCUCUCCUCUGGACCACACUUAUCUUUUAUAAAUUUUUAUUCACAUUUUAUUAAUUAUUUUUGCCUGGCACCAGAGAUAUUGGUGUACUUCCCAAAUGCCAUCCAAUUUCCUAUUAUAGUACACUACUUUUGACCAGGGUCCAUGAUUUCCUCGUGAAUGAAGCUGAAUCCCCAACUCUGCCGAAUCAGGGCCCAUAGGGCUCUGGUCAGAAGUAGUGCACUACAUGGGGGAAUAGUAUGUCGUCUGGGAGGCAGCUAUUCCUUCCCGGUAACGUGAUGGGAACCUCUAACUAGUCCACCUGGAACAUUGCACUGACUGAGGGUUCUAAUGAUGCUAGAAGAAUGGUAGCUUCCCCCCCCCCCCCCCCCCCCCCUUCACAUCUUUGCGUUUUGUUGUCGAUAGUGCUGGUCAGGUUUCUGAUGGUAAAGUACUGCAGGGUGUUCAGAAGAGAUUUUGGGAUGCGGCCCCCAUUGCUGACGGUAAGAUGUUCAGAAGUGAUUUGGAACGCGACACAUUGCCCCUGUUGCUGUCGGUAAGAUGUUCAGAAGUGAUUUGGAACGCGACACAUUGCCCCUGUUGCUGACGGGUGGGUUUUGAAGCUGCACGGGCCAUGGAUUAAUUUAUCACUCUUUCUCUUUCUUUGCGUUUUAUUUAAUUCUAUGUGUGAAAAAUGUCAUCUUUAAUUAGAAUGUCCAGAAUUUCAUCUAAACGUAUAAAGCUGUUGAUAUUAUCUUUUAAAAAGAGGGCGAAGGCUUGAGGAGCACCGAGAGGAAUAAUGCCACUGCAUUGCCUUAAUAUUGGAACCAUUUGAAAUCUUCUGACAUGUAUUUAUUUAUUUUUAGACGCUCUAGAUCUCUCUAUUCUACUUCUCUUUUGGUGCAGUUUGGCCUGGAGUUGUUUCCGUAGUUGUCUGAAUUUGAACAGUGUUUGGUUUGUUGUGUUAGCCUGUUAGAGAACCUGCCCCCUUAAGGUUAUAUUAAUAAGGUUAUUCUGAUGCCUUGUAAUACAGUAAUGACUUAAUCCGUCUUCUAACCAGGAUUCUACCCUAAUGGCACCCUACUCCCUUUAUAGUGAACUCCUUUAGACCAGAACUCUGAUCAAAAGUAGUGCGCUAGAUAGGGAAUAGGGUUCCAUUUGGACACAUCCCGGGACAUUAAGGUGAUCAUGUUUAAAACCCAUGCAGUGGUCUAACGUUAUUAAACACAGGCAAGUUGAUCACUUUUUAUUGUACAUGUGUGUUUUGGACCCACGUUGCUUAGCGACCUGUUUGUAUUUUAACAUGACUAUAGAUCGCUUGGCUUGAUGACUUGGGUUAUUGCACCACAACAGUUCCCCUUUGCAGUGGGGGAUAGAUUAGCCUGGGUCCCCGUCUGUUUGUGCCGUCAUGCCAACUCCUUGUCAUAUCCAACAUGUUGGGCUUGACAAGUACAGCAAGGAAGUGGGGCAAGACCACAAACAGAUCUGGGAUCAGACUAAGGAGGAAAGAUUUAUUUAUUACCAGAUCAAUCACCAUAUAGGAAACUGUCGAACUACAGAAUGUGCAUUUCAGUUGAAUCAUAACCACUCCCUGAGAUUCAAGCCCCAAACUACAACCUUUUACGUUCUCCUUAAAAGGGAUACCUGGCAGGGCCAUGAGAAGACAGGCAAUUGUUACCUGAAUGGCAGUGGGGGGAUUUAGGUCACAUAAAACAUAAAAUAAUUUACUUUAAAGAGAAUGAGUUACCAUCGAAAGACCUCGUAACCUGCUUGAGGUGGGUUAUUGUCGUGGCAAAACAAAAUUUUGCUCACUUUCAAUAAUGAUUUUAUCCCUUUCUGUUUUAGUUCAUUUUGAUUUGAAAAAAAUGUGAAACUAUUCAACUCUUUGUAAAACACAAUUGAACAUGUAUAACCUCUGAUUUUGGUUGAAUAUCAUUUUCAUGUCGCAAGGUCUUGAUCAUCCCAUUUGUAGAAGUAGAUUUUCCUUUUGGCCUACAAGAUGUAAAUUAAGUUUUAGGGUUCAUUUGUUUAAACACGGAAAUAGUUUAAAGAUUUAAGAAGUAUGUUUUUAGUAGGAAACAUUCAAACAAAUGACUUGUAAAUAGCCCAUAUUGGUUGAGUGGAUGUACGCUUUCUAAAUAAAGGGUAAUAUAAAAUA